AGUUUACGUCUGUACCUGUACGUACAACUCGAUGCGGUUGCUCGACCACUUGGUGGUGUAUAGUUACUUAGAUCCCCCUCGCGGUUCUACAAACCGAUCCCGGAGAUUGCAGAAAUGAGAGAGGUCUCCGUUGAUGUUAACGCUUCGCCUGCAAUUCACCGAGCGAAUCAUUACUGUGAAGGGAUCGAGUUUAACUCGGUGGCAAAAAUAAAUUUGCGUGCGAAGAACACGUUCAGUACAUGUAUACCUGUAUCUUAUCUCUUUCUUAUCUUAUUUGUACUCUUAUACUUUUUUUAAUCUUAGUCGCACUUGUACGUUUUACUCGUAGACGUAACGACCUCUGUCUCUAAAAUGCUUCGCUGAAGGAUACAAUUAUUCGAGAGAAAAUUUUCCGGUUUUUCUGUCGCGCGCUUUUAAAGCACGAUUGAAACUAGCGGUUGAAAAAAUACGGGUUCCGUGCUCCAAUUAUUCCGACUUUAGUCACGGCGACCCCGAUAAAAAACACUUGUAGAAGUAAGUAUCUACGGCUUCAAUUUUCCUAUUUGCCAAAAUGAUGAGUCUCGCGCGAUCAAUUCUCUCUUAGGUAAACACAAUAUCCGAAAUAAAUUUUAAAAAUUUUCGAAUCGUAAAAAUUGAUCUAAAACAAAUUGGUAGACCCAUUCAAUUUUAGACUGUCAAAAGGUAUCUGUUUAUUUUCCUUUUAAAUAAACUUUACAAAUAUAGAUAAUAGUGAAAAAUAAAACGCAACAAGUAACAACAAAAUGUAAGCGAUCGCGAUCAUAUGUUUAUAAUAAUAAAAAAUUAUCUUCAGAUCGAAAAUGUUAGUCCCUUAUGUUUUAAAUCUUUCUGCAUGGGGACGGGAAGAAUGUACUCCGAGAGCUAAUCAGCGCGCAUACUACGGGUGGUCCACGAAGCGGAGAGGGCAAUAAAAAGCAAGGAUAACCGAUAAUCCUUAUAACCGUACACUUCCGCCGCUCUCUAUCUUUCCAGCAAUUCAGCGAAUCAAGUUUUCCUUAAGACAAUUCUUAUCGUACAUUCAUCCGCGAAACCGCUACCCGAAGGAAAAUAUCUAAGCGCGGCCGAUCUACUUAGUCAAAAUUUACCUCCUCGAUACGUACGCGCGAUAAACGUAAUAAUGGAAUGCUCAGUGUUAAUCGACCGCUGUUUCGUCUUUCAAUGAGAUUUCGCGUCAUGAAUGUUAAAAAACUCUUGUGAUAAUUAUGUUUUUGUUUGCAAUUUUUUAUCUGGCAGAUAUUACUCGCUUUGUUUGUUGUUUUGACAUAUGUAUCAUGUUCGACGUUGAAUAAAUCUUUGUAUUUUGUAUCGUAAUAAAGCAUUCUUCAUUCUUUUAAGCAAUUUUAGAUCAAUUAUGAUUAUAAAAUAUUAUAUAUUUGUUAUAUAUUUACGAUUAGACAUUAUUUUCUAAGGUUAAAUAGGUUUCAAAUAGGUUUGGUCACAUUAUUUCUUUUUAAAAAUUCUCGUUAAAAGAGUCAAAUAUUCGAGAGAAGCAGAAAAAAUAGGGAUCUUUUUUUCAUGAAAUUUUAUAUCUAUAUUUUAUUAGUCAUAUUAAACAAUUAUCAUUCUCCAAACUAUAGUCUUCAUAGUCUCCGAAAAGUCAAAUCGUUGAUCACACAGAAUCAAAAAGGAUAAAUGUUACUUUUUUCCUCGUAUUUUUCUGAGCAUAACGGGAGAGUCGAAAGACAUUUGUCGAUGCCGAGAGAGAAUAGUCACACUUCAACGGUUUCUGUGCCUAAAACCAAUUCUUCUCGCGUUCGAUUAUUUAUAUCCCGCGUCGUCAAACUCUUAGAGAAAAUGUCUAGAUUUAGAAACGAUAUAUUGGGAAUAUUCUAAUAAUAAAUGAAAUAACUUUUCAAGUCACAUCUCCUUUACAUUUGAUAAAGCCGCCCGCGAAGUACCGCGAAACAGGCAUCGUGUCACAAUUAUCCUUUUACCUUGCUCUUAUUAUUCGCGAGAAUCGGUAAUUCGUUCCGCGACUAGCUCCCGUUCCGAUCGAUCGAUUCCGGCAGAGAGCACGAAGGACACGAUCACGCGUUCGGCGCGGCGCGGCGCAACUCACUGGAUAACGCGAGCGGGUUCCGAAGAGUUUCCAGUCUUCCGCUAGACACCGGACCCGAAGCCGGCGAAUGAACGCCGUUUGCCGAUUGUCGAUCGCUCGCUGUGAGCGAUUUCGAUCGCGAGAACGUGAUCUCACGCGCGUGCUUUCCUUUAUCUCCCCAGCACUCUCGAUUCCCAUUCGCGAAACGAGGAAGUGUAUUACGUUACCGAUUUUUUGUAAUUUGCGUGUGUUACGCGAAGUUGUAAUGCGAGCUGUAUAAGUUGAUUGGAAAAAUUCGAUCCGUGUAAGGUGAUCAGUUUUUCACGCUGAAAAAAAUUACGAACGAUAGAAAGAGUGCGAAUGAGUGAAAAAGUGGUUUUUGAUUGAAUAUGCAAAUUUUCUUUUAUUUCUUUCUACACGUGUGUGGAUUUACAAAUGAUAAAGUGCUGUAGAGUAAAUACAUGAUUCUAUUGAAACGGAUUUAGUUUCUAAUUGCGCGCGUGUGUCUAUAGAAAAUAAUUAUAUUGAAAUCACAAUUUCAAAUAUUAUUUUAACAUAUUACUCAUAUAUUUCAAUCUGUCUUUCUUAAAAAUCUUUUUUAUAAAAUCUCAAACAGAACUAUAUAAAAUAUAUAUCACAAAGUAUACACGUGUACAGUAAGAUACAAAAAAUAACGCACGUUUUCAAAAAUCUAUUUUGUCUCUAUAAUUGAAAAACGUAGAUAAGAUUAUUUUGAUUUUAUUACACAGUUACUAUAAUUUUUUUUAUAUUAGAAUACUCUAGAACAUAUUAAUAUUGCCUUGUUAAACUGUUAAAGCAAAAAGGAAUUCGAUUAUCCGCACAAAAAUACUCAUAUCGCUUCACAAAUUCUUAAUAUUUUUCCUUUUAAUAUCAUUAUUGUACAACUUAAAAUUUUGCGGUUAAAUUUAUGAUUAUAUAGACAAAUCGUCGGGCGUCGCCAGUAGAGUGAGCGGCACUGUUAUCAGCACUUGCACCUCGAGUUCGUCCUACGAUAGUAGACGCUCCAAACGACCGUAAACCGCGCGCGCCGGCUGGCUAGCUGGCCGACUGGCUGGUUGGCUCGUGAGUCACGAUCGCCGGUUGCGAUUCGUUUUCGCCGGUCGCCCGCGUCACCAAGCGUAGCAGUCUCGUUGCCGUCGUCACGCGCGCUCGAGCCGCUUUUCGUGCCGCAUCUCGCCAACAACCGAACGGAGCAACGGCGCUCGCGCGCAACGAAACAGCCGAGUCGUACCGAACCGAGCCGAGCUGUCCCGAGUUGAGCCGAGUCGAGUCAAGUUGAGUCGAGUCGAGUCGAGUCGAACGAGCCGAAACUGUACGAGCGCGCACACCGCAUCUCAGUGACGCCUUGCGUUUGCGUCACCGUGUCACGAGUGCGUGUACCGUGUGCCACACCACACCAUACCGUACGUAGAGCGGCAGUUUUUUUUUCUUUUUUUUUUCUGUCGAUUUUCGACACUAUACUCCGUGCUCCAUACCGAACCUUUAGACUCUCGCGAAGAUUGACGAUCACGCCCGAACUCUUUAUCAGCGAGAGACGGUGAUCGCUGUAUCGCUGUAACGUUCGAGCUUAACGGAGGAAUAUCGGAAAAAUGUGGUCGUCAAAGUGCUCUGUAAAAAUAACGUGCCGUUAGGUGCAACACACACGGUUCCACACGGAAAUCUGGAGUUAUCUCCCGACAGUGGUGAUUACAAUAAGCUGUGAUAAUAUAGUGAUAACGCUUGAGUGAUUAUUUCGUUAAUCAAGGGAUCUCAUCCGAUCAAGCAAGCCAUCAUCUACUCACAUUAAACUGCGGUAAUCCACGAGAUUACGAGCCCUCCCUGCGUACCUAUCUGCUUUAAUGUCUACAACGUUACGAUUGCAAAAAGAGCCAACACAGUGCCGCCGUUAAAUAAAGCUUUAUUCCUCUAUCUAUAAAAAAAAAAGCCUAUAUACUCAUGUCGCUUGUUUGCUUAUUGAUACAUGUGAUUGUGAAUCGAAUGAAAGUGUAGAGGAAGAAAGAAAGGAUUGGUCAGCUGGAUGGUGAUUCGUUCGCAGGUUCUGGGUUUUGUGUGAUGUGUUUAGUGAUGAUCGUCGCAGUAUUUGACGUCUUUUUUAAAAAGAAAAACACGGAUCUUCUUCUUGACAGAAACUAAAUCUUUCGUGCAGCGUCAUCAACCGAUUUGGCCAUUGAAUCAAUGUUGAAGAUUUAUCAGCGACCGGCACGUUGUCUACGAAGGAUCGUCUCACGCAGACGAAGUCGAAGAGGAAAGUCUGAGAAGCUGCAACGGCGGUCAAUUUCUUUCUUCGUUCUUACGUGAGAUUUCUCAAUGAUGGACGAUCGAGAGAGCCCAUUCAUGCGAACACAGGCCAGUAGAAGCUUGAUUCGGCCACAUGCAAGUGCACGAAAAUUUCUGAUAUCAUCGCCCACCGAAAGGACAGCGCGCCAAUUGGUAAAUCGACAAACUGCUGGUGAACCAGAGACGACGAGUGCAAUGGGCAUGUCGAAGCGACUGUCGGCACCGCACACGCCUUUGGAGGGCCUGAAGCAAUGGGAAUUGGUGGAGGACGACAAAGGUUUGCAAGUAGUCGAGAAACGGGCCGGCGCUUUAAACUCGAUUAAACCUAAGGAGAUAGUCCCCACCAAUCCACUCUACAGUCGUACUCCCGUCUCUGUGAAAAGACUUCUUAGCGACACGAACGUGGACAUGAAUCUGGAGGAGAAGUUGAGAGUCUUCAAUGAACCGAAGAUCGGUCAACCGAUCGGACUUCCAUUUGUUCAACCGAGAACGGAAUUGACACCAUCCGCUCGACCAUCAGCAGAGACGCCCAAGGCGCCGCUCAGUCUCGAUUUGAUACUAAAGCAGCAACGAACGGCAGCGUCAUCGGGCACGGUCGAGAGCACCGACAUGCUGCAACGAUUGGAGCAGCAAGUUAAGGCCAUCGAGAUGGGCACAAUUGCUGCGAGAACGCGUCAGCUGGAGAACAGUUCGGAUUUUGGAGCGGAAGUCCAGCUCAGAUAUCGAGAACACGAGGAUUUGCUGCGAAACGUGACCGACGAUGAGGCCGAGGGGGCCUCGCUGUUGCACCGUGGGGAUGCGACGCGGAAUUCCACCGGAAACGCCGGCAUCGCGCCGAAGAAGCCUACCGUUAAGUUGUCCAGGACCGCAUCGGAUACGCGGCGCGGGCAAGAAACGGAGAUAAGGGCGCAAUCCAGGAUGCCACAAACUCGCGCGAUCGUCCGGCCGACAGUUACCAAGAAGGAUCAUCAGCGCCAUCAUCAGCCGCAACAGCAGAAUAACAAUGCCGCCAUCCCGCUCGUCAGACCACUGCCAGACAUGCAGAAGGGUAUUCAAAGCGAGAAGGAGACGGGAGAUGGCGUAGGGGUGUCGAGUAGCGGAGGUCGGCUUUCCUCGAGGAGUCGAACCUCCGAGGAACCUCACAUCGGCAAGUACAAAUUACUAAAGACCAUUGGCAAGGGCAACUUCGCCAAGGUGAAGCUUGCGAAGCAUGUUCCGACAGGGAAGGAAGUAGCUAUCAAGAUCAUCGAUAAGACACAAUUAAAUCCCGGUAGUCUUCAAAAGCUGUUCCGAGAAGUCAGGAUAAUGAAGAUGCUUGACCAUCCAAACAUAGUGAAAUUAUUCCAAGUUAUCGAGACUGAAAAGACACUGUAUCUGGUAAUGGAGUAUGCCAGUGGCGGCGAAGUCUUUGACUACCUGGUCUUACAUGGACGGAUGAAGGAGAAAGAGGCGAGAGCGAAGUUCAGGCAGAUCGUUUCUGCUGUGCAAUACUGCCAUCAAAAGAAGAUCAUUCACAGAGACUUGAAAGCCGAAAAUCUGUUGCUCGAUAGUGAAAUGAACAUAAAGAUUGCCGAUUUCGGUUUUAGCAAUGAAUUCACACCCGGUAACAAGUUAGACACAUUUUGUGGUUCGCCGCCGUAUGCCGCGCCGGAACUAUUUCAAGGAAAAAAAUACGAUGGUCCGGAAGUAGACGUAUGGUCGUUAGGUGUAAUCCUAUACACAUUGGUAUCCGGCUCACUGCCUUUCGAUGGUUCGACAUUGAGGGAAUUGAGGGAAAGGGUAUUAAGAGGGAAAUAUAGAAUUCCGUUUUAUAUGUCUACUGAUUGUGAAAAUCUUCUUAAGAAAUUUUUGGUGCUCAAUCCAACGAAGAGAGCCUCGCUAGAGAAUAUAAUGAAGGAUAAAUGGAUGAAUUUGGGAUAUGAAGAUGAUGAGUUAAAACCGUACUUAGAACCUGAACCUGAUUAUAGAGAUCACAAGAGGAUAGGUGAGUCUACCAAGGCCUUAGCCAGUAUGGGAUACACUCGAAGCGAAAUAGAGGAUUCUUUAGGACAAGCGAAAUAUGACGAUGUAUUUGCCACUUACUUGCUCUUAGGCAGAAAGACAACAGAUCCUGAAAGCGAUGGAUCACGAUCAGGUAGUUCAUUAUCACUGCGUAACAUUCCACCUCAAGUCAGUUCAGGAGGUGGUGGAGGAAACAGUGGAGGAACAGGUGGUGCAGUACAGAGUCCAUCUCACAGAGGUGUUCAUAGAAGUAUUUCAGCUAGCAAUCCAAAACCCAAUAGACGGGCCUCAUCUGGUGGUGAAACUCUUCGAGGCGCACCUAGUCCAGGUAACGCAACGAAUCACAAUCAUGCGACUGCAGUAACUGGUACAACUGUUACUGGAAGCGGGGGUAGUAAUUUUAAACGACAAAAUACCGUGGACGCGGCUACGAUCAAGGAAAAUAGUGCUCGUGUUUCUGCACGGCCCUCUGCACCUAAAAAUAGUCAACCUCCUGGACAGUUAGAUACUAUGACAAUGUUUAUUCUAGGCGUGGGUACAAGUCCCGGUGGUAAAGGAAGGGUAGGCAAGAGCAACACAAUGAACGCAGGAGUAGGUGGUGGUCGGCCUCUUACCUCACCUGCUCCUGGUUCUGUUGGUCGACGUAGCACCAUCUCCUAUGAUCAAGCGAAAACAUCAUCAUCUACUGAAAGAACCAACGAAGUACCCAGCCUGGGCGAGGGUACUAGACCAACGCGGGGUCACACCAAGUCUGCGAGCAUCAGUGCAAGUCACCGUUCCUCAAGUGGUGUACCCCCCAGCGACCAUUCACUACUGGACCCUCAACCACGCAACGCCCACAACUCCUUACUCGCCACUGCUGACCCCCUUAGGCAGAGUUUGGGUGUAUGCAACAGACAGACAACCACUACUCCAGCAUUUCCACGGAAUGUUCCGAGUCGUAGUACGUUUCAUUCUGGCCAAAAUAGAGCACAGCGAAAUCACACUCAGGGUCACACACAAACACAGGAUACAAAUGCAAUUAGCCCUCUAGCAAGGCCGUCCUUCUUCUCGAAAUUAUCCUCAAAAUUCUCCAAACGCCCCAUGGACCCAUCCGUACCCCCCAAGCACCCAGUAGUGAGCGGAGCUACCACUAACGAUGAACAGGUCAAGCCGCGCAGUCUACGCUUCACGUGGAGUAUGAAAACUACCAGUAGUCGAGAUCCUAAUGAAAUAAUGUCCGAAAUCCGAAAGGUGCUGGAUGCCAACAAGUGCCAGUAUGAGCAACGCGAACGGUUUCUGUUGCUGUGCGCGCACGGUGAGGCAGCGACGGACAGCCAAGUACAAUGGGAGAUCGAAGUCUGCAAGCUACCACGACUUUCCUUGAACGGAGUGCGGUUCAAGCGUAUCUCUGGCACGUCGAUCGGUUUUAAAAAUAUCGCCAGCAAAAUCGCGAACGAGCUCAAGCUGUGACUGUCGGCCACAGGCGCCCUAGCCGCCAAUCGCGCCAACCCAUAACAACCUCGUGAGCGUAGCCACCAAGUGGCGGUGGUCACCGAGGAGUUUUAUUCUUGUUUCUUCUUCUGGGACUCUGACUCUGAAUCCGAUAGCCAAGAAAUAUUUGUUUAAACGCGAUUCCUCCGUCCCAAUCGACGAACGUCAUCGUAAGAUGAGAAAGGGAGGAGGGAGGAGAGAAAGCUAAAGAAAGAGGGAAUAAUAAGAACAGAGUCUUCUCACGUUUUCCCAUCGUCUCCUUUGCGUUGAAGGACCGCUAUUAACGAUUCGUCGAAAAAAGUCCGAAACUGUGAUCCGUGACGGCUAAUACGUAUUCAAAUACUCCCGAGUGCCAAAAUGAAGAUGAACUAGAUCGGGUUCUCAUAGCGCUUCAUGAGCGAGAAAAAGAACAAAAGAGAGACGGACCAGCUGACCUGAUCAACUGUACAAAGAAGCUGGUAUUAGAUACAAUAAUCUACAUCUGUUAGUUUUGAAUUUUCAUUAUCGAUAACAGGAAAAUGGGCGAAAAUCAGUCGUGCUUACAGGUCGAUUUGCCUUCCGAAUUUUCAAACAAUCCAUCAUAUUUAUCUGUGAAGUAGCGUUUUAUUUUUAAACAGUAUUACGUUUGUUAUUCUUGACGUUGGAGAUAUGUACAUUCAAAUUUAUAUCUCAAAUAUUAAACAUUUAUUGGAUAUUAUCUUAUAAAAUAUACUGAAGAUUCAAAAUAGAAUCGGAUUCAAUCAGAUUGUUAAAUGUGCCUAAAACAUUUCUCACAUUCAUUUUAUUUUUUAUGGCGACAACGCGUUCCUUGUACAAUAAAAUAACGCGAUUGUACUAAAGAUAAAAGAAUGAGGCCAUACAUCUGCAACGUCAAGAGAUUCUUUGUGAAACUUCCUAUUUUUUUCUUGUAAUUUGUAUGUAAAAUUUAAAAAACGGAGGUUUUGCCUGUAAAUAAUUUGACAAAUUUGCAGAACCGAAAGAUAUAUGUUGCAUUCUGUAUCGAUAAAAAUCUGUCAUUAUUUAUAAUGAUUUAGCGUCAUAAACAAGUAAUGAAUUGAAUGAUUUUAACAUUGUACGAUAUGCAAUUGCUUAUUUUUUUGAACAUUUUUAUGAUACUGUAUCUUUUUUAUCUGUAGUAUAAGUUUCAAAAUGCGCAGUACUAUAGAUAUUAGCCAAUUAUCGUUAAAACAUGUAAUAAUUAUUAAUAUUUUUUAUUUUUAUCAUAGAAAAAUGACAUAAGUAUGUGUGUGUGAAUGUGUGUGCACAUGCGUGCGCGCGCAUAUACACAUAUAAUACUAUAAAGAUAGAAGCAGAGGAAUUAGUAACAUAAUUUAGAAAAACCAUCGAGUUAUGACUACUGUCUCAUGUGAAUAAUACACAUACUUCAUCAUUCUCAAAAUUGGAAUUAUAAAUCUAAACAUCAGUAAUAAUAAGAUCUGUUAUUUCUACGAGAAGUAUGAUAAUAUUAAAUUUAAGUAUUAUAAUUGGCUAUAUUGUAAUAUUUAAUCCUUUUAUUCGCAGUUGAAUGAAAUAAAAUUAGGAAUUACCGUAAAUCAUAGAAGCGAACUAGAGACUUGGUGUAUAUAGUAUAUAUUACGAAGGUACUAAAAAUUACUGAGAUGAGAGAAUGAGAGAGAGAAAGAGAGAGAGAGAGAGAGAACCACACCGAAAUCAUACAAAAACACUUCGAAACUCGAGUAUCGUAAACUUUUUAUAUUUGCCUAAGAUUAAUGAAAUAUCUUUAAAAUAGGCAAUGACUAAUUUAUUUACAUAUUAUAAACUCAAACUUUCCACAUUUCUAACACUUGCUACACUGAGAAAUGCAGAGUAACUUCAGCGCAGUAACAUGACGUGCAAUUGCAAUAAGUUGUGUUAUGGAAUCAUGAAACGACUGAUAGCAACUAAGUAUCGGCAAAUUGUCCGUUACCGAACAUCUUGAUAAAAUUCUAAGUAAAUGAUUAAUGCAGCACCGGCAUCGGGACUUAUCUUCUUUGUGCAUAACUAUACCAGUUUCAUGUCAUCGGGUUACUCCAUGAACUAUUAAGCGAAAUAAUGUAAUAUAAUGAUGUAGUAAUAAUAUUAUCAAUUUACAAGGAGAGGCAACUUAGAUGGAGAUAUUCACACAUCCCGCUGAAUGAGUGAUUGAGUGAGUAAAUGAAUGAGUGAGUGAGAAAGAGAAAUCACUUUUAGGAAAUUAGACUGAGAGGAUAAUGAUCGUUUUCUUUUUUCUAUUUGUUCCUACAUCAAUCAGAAUUUAGUAUUCCGAAUACAAUGUUGAACAUCAUUAUUAUUACUGUAUAAAAUAAAAAGAAAAGGAUUAUAAUCCAGAGUGGCCGUUGUAAAUGACUCUGUACACGCGCGCGCGUGCGCAUACACAUAGACACAUCAUAAAUAGGGUUAUUAUUAUCAUUAUUAUUAUCAUUAUUAUUAUUAUUAUUAUUAUUCUAUUAUUAAUAUUAACAUAAGCUCUUUCAAAUAGCAUUAAUAAUACACAUCCCCAACAUAUAGACGAAUUAAUUACCGUAUUUUACACAUAAAACCAUCUUUCGCCCGCUUGCUUUAUAAAAUAAAUGUAUAAAUUAACGAUCAAUGCUUAAGUGAGAGAAGAGAUGUAAAUUUAAAGACAUUGAUGAUUUUAACGCGUGAAAUGAUUUAUUAAGAGACAAUUAGAAUUCGCGGAGCUAUGCGGGCGACACAGAAUCGAAUUUGGUAUAACGCCGAGGGAGCUUUCUUGUGAUUUUUUUUGUAUGUAAGUGCCGCGAAAGAAUAUAUUACUCCUGCGGUAAUCGCCCGCGUGGCUGCGCAACGACUACGCGCACAUAAACACACGUGAAUUACAUACAUACACACGUCUCUGUAGAUAGGUAUAUACAUAUACAGCUUUGCUAAGUGUUUUCUGGUGAUCGGUAUCUAGCCAAAAUGUAGCAAAACGUUUAUAAUAAAAUGGUAACAUACAUUGUUUCCCAAUUUAGAUUCCUGUCAAACGCGCAAGCUCACCACGAAUAACACGUCGAUUUUUUUUCUUUCAACAUUCGCAAUUCUCAUACAGCACAGAAACUUGCUGCAACAUUACAUAUGCAUUGUUGCAAAGAUAAAAAAAGUGAUAUUUUAUAAUGUUGCAGCAAUAUUUUAAAAAUAUUGUGAAAAAUAAUAAUGUUAUGCUUCACCCGCGCACAGUAUGUCAUCGCCACUAGAUACAUGACAGAGUUCUGCUUUUUGCAAA